UCCACAUUGUCACAUGAGAAUUAAGAAUGAUGUUACCCUGAAUAGGGUGAGUUUUUCCUUUGGUGUUUGUAUUUCAGUUACACCAUGAAUAAAGCCUCUUUGAGCCGAGACCUAAAACCAGUAAGAUUAAUUGUCGUUUUUCCGUGACAAUUUAUGGCGACCUUGCCAGGACCAAAGUUUUAGGUCUCGUAUGUUAUAUCCCAUUUUGUUGGUUAAAUAUCCGUUACACUGUACGUGUAGGUUGUAUUGGAAAAGAGAGACGGAUGUUAGCAAAAGGAGUGAUUUUGCGGUUCGGUGUGGUGUGUCUCUCGCCACGGUUUCAGCAGUGCGUGUAUCGUCAAUAGACGUACAGUAUUUGCGGUGGGUGAUUUGCGUCGGUAUACGGGAUUGUGUGUAGAUUGUUAUUCAGAUUUCAGGUAUGCGUGUUAUGUGCAUGGGUGUCCGUAGGCAUUGUGUAUUUCAGCGGUGUGUACAGGUUUGUAUGCGAGUGCUGUGAUGGGUUUCAAUGACCUGAAUUGGACAUGGUGUUGGAUUUAGCUGUGUGUGAGCAUGAGUUAAUCUAGGUUGGAUGCACAGGGAUACUUGUUGUCAUACUUUGACUUUGAGACGGGUCUUGAUAUUGCAUGUCUAUGUUAAUUAAGACAAAUGGUGGAUAGUUUUUCACGGGUUCUUGUCUUGGGAAUUAAGCUAGACCUCUACAACAAGAGUCUUGAUGGUUGUCAAUGUUUUCUUGAAUAGAUUCUACGGGGAUUGUUCCGUACCUGUUGAUACCCAGUUGUGAUUUCGAAUACAGUUUCAUAAUGGCCAGUAUAGAUCAGAUAAAAGAGUUCUCAACCCUAGGUCGAGAGAUGAGCCUUGCGGGUAGUGAGCUUAACAAGUUCGUUUCCGAGCGCUGCGCCGAAGUGUUAAGAGUAAAAGAGCUAGAAUGUGAUCGCGAAGAGCGCGAAAAGGAAGUGAAGCUAGCCGAGCUUCGGGUCGAGGAGAGAAAGAAUGCCGGUGUUGAUACGGGUGGUUUGAGGUUGAAAAUUGGUAAAUUUGAUGACACAUGUGAUAAAUUUGAUGCAUACAUUACCAAAUUCGAAUUAGUCAUGGCUAGUCAAAAGGUACCUGACAGUGUAAGAGCCUUACACCUUAUUUCUAAAUUGACAGGGCAGGCUUUGGAGGUAGUGAAUAGAAUGUCAAGGGAAAAUCGCAAAGAUUACGAGGCAGUAAAGCGAGAGUUGAUGGAGUUCUAUCAUUUGACCGCCGAUGGUUAUAGGAGAAAAUUUCGUACGGCGAAGCCAGAAAAGCAUGAACAGCCUAGGCAAUUCAGUGUACGAUUGAAGGGGUACUUGCAGAAUUGGAUUGAGUUAUCAAACAUUGAAGAGGAUUAUGACUCCCUGUUUGAUUUAAUUCUAAGAGAACAGUUUGUGUAUUGUUGCCCAAGGGAAGUUGAAGUGUUUGUUAGAGAGGGGCAGGAUAGUAGCAUUGAUAAGGUUGUUGAAAGGGCUAUGGUUUACGUAGGGGCCCAUGGAUUACAUACAUUCGGUACACCCCGCAAUCCAGGUGAAUUCAAACCGACGGCUACAAGUACACAGGGUAGUGUCGGUCCCACUCGGCCAAGUGUCCCCAAGGGUAAGGGUUUUGACUCGCGUACACCAAGUAGUAAGGGUGCAAGAGCACAUGAUGCAGGCAAUCGUUCUGCUAGAGGUUGUUAUAUGUGUGGUAGCCAGGGGCACCUUAAGAGCGAGUGUCCGUUGCGCAAACGAAUACAGUCAGCGCAAGGAAUGAUGACUUUGGAUGGGACAGAUUUCCCCACCCAAGGAGUAGACGGUAAUGGCAGUUCUCAGUUAGUCGCGAAUGGUGUUGAGGACACAGGAGAUAGUAUCGGCACAUUGAAGUCUGUGGAUAGUUCACCACAUGCAAAUACAGUGCAUCUUGGACUAGCUAGUAUCUGUUUACUACCAGUAGAAGCAAAUGGAUUAAAUUCAUUAGAGCAGGCAAGACAAAGCAUUGUGAAUAAGUUAGGCAUGGCUUAUGAUCUGGUAGGGGCUAUGACGAAGCAUAUGCCCGUAGUUUCAGGUAGGCUGGAAAAAGGGAACAAAGCAGUAUCAGUUUUGAGAGAUUGCGGAUGCACUACUUGUGUAGUUAAAUCAGAACUAGUCGAUGAAGAUCAGCUAACAGGGUACAAGCAGUUAGUAUUGCUCAUUGAUGGUACAGUAAGGGAGUUCUCAGUUGCGAAGCUCACAGUUGAUUCUCCAUACUAUGUGGGUGAGAUAGAGGCUUUGUGUAUGCCUCAUUCACUAUUUGAUGUUGUUAUUGGGGAUAUAACUGGUGCACGUGAACCCCGCGAUCCAGAUUUGAACUGGGUACCUAAAGGAGGUAAAGUAGUAAGUGACGUUGCAGAUCAGGUGAAUAGUGAUGGUGAGAAUACCAUUGGUGAUGUCAAGGAUGAUAUUGAAGGGCAGGUGGUUGAUAGAGUUGAUCGAGUUGAGCAGGUUGCAAAUAUCUCUGGUGUGAAAGAGGGUAGUCCAUGGGUGAUGGCAGUUGAAACUCGAUCUCAGAAGGAGGUCAAGGUCAAACCGCUCAAGGGUUUGAAAAUUGGAAGUCCCGUUUCCUGCAUAGAGCAUGCAGGUUUUGUUCGUGAACAGAAGGAAGAUUCAUCUUUGAGUUCAUUGUGGAACAAAGUAGGCAGGGAGGAGGUUAACUUGGCAGUGGAUGGCUGUGUUCAUAUGUAUACAGAGAGUAGCGAGGUUUGUGAGGAUUCAGCGGAAGAUGUUGAGGUUCAGAUUAGUGAUGUUGAUGGCGCUGACGUGACAGUGAUGCCACCCAUACAUGAGAAGGAAGAGAGACGUAGGAAAGGGAUAUCUCAGUCAUUGCGUGAGUAUCAUGAGGUCUUUUCUGAUGUACCAUAGAAGACAUCAGCCGCAAAGUGCCAAUUGUUCAGGCAUCUGACUAAGAAUCAUGAGAUGAGUACAGGUUUAGGAUGUAAAGGGUCAGGAUAGUGUUGCCGCAAAUGGAAUGAGGAGAGUGUAAAAGGCACUACACAUGUUUUUAUUUUGGUCUGCGUACCAUUGUAAAUGAUUGAAUAUGUGUAUUAUGUAUCAUGGGUUAACACAGUUUAUUAAUGUCAAUUUUGUUGGAUACACAUUGCAUUUAAUAAGAUUAUGUAAUAUCUACGAUGUUAGCACGAGAUAGCAAGAGUUUUGUAGACAUCAUUUGUUUAUUUUCUCGUAAUUUUUCGAGCAUAGUUUAUGUAUAGGGAGCUUGUCUGUCUAAAUGGCAGCAGUUAUUGUAUUUUGACCUUGCAAACUACAAAUGUAUGUACCAUCAAACUGUAAAUGAUAGUGCAUACACACUAUUAUCCUGGAUAUUUGUUUCUACUGAAGGUUGAUAUUAAGAAGAAAGUAUUACAGCAGUAUUACAUGUAUUUUAGUUUAUGCAAAUGCAGGAAUGUUACUCACUGCAUUUUGAACCAUGCCAAUGUAUAUUUUAAACAAUGCCAAUGUAUUUUUUUUUGAACGGUGUCUAUGUAUGAUACUCGUUAUGAACUUUAGUGUUGGAGCUAUAUCAUUGUGGACAUUAUAACAGAUUUAGAUGUGAGUUUUGCCAUAAUUAGCUUUGGACUUCUGUUGGUGGUCAUCUUUAAAAGUCUUCAGGGAUCACAAAGGUUGGACUCAAACGACAAACAAUGACCGAGAUGAUGUCCCAUUACGAACAAUACUCCUUGUUAUCACAGAGACUAUGGUUUUAGCAUACGCGUUUACUCACAACUUGGACUGAUACAUUGGAUCACAGAAAGAAACUGAUGAUACUUAUUGGAAAGCUUUAAUGACAAUGUAAUGAUUUAUGUGCAGUAAACAUUGAACAAGUUUGAUUUUCAAAUUUUCAUGAGAUAUGUAUUUGCCAAUAAUUCUAGGUUUUGUGUAGAAUAUAUAUUGUAAACAUGCUAUAGUAAGUACAUUUGGAAUGAGAUGUUCAGUAAACAUUGAAACAGUUUGCUUUAAAAAUUCCAUGAGAUAUGUAAUUGCCAAUAAUUCUCUGAUUUUUGUAGGAAAAGUUUGAUAUUCAAAUUUUCAUGACAUAUGUAUUUGCCAAUAUCUCUAGGUUUUGUGCAGAAUAUUGAUUGUAAACAUGCUAUAGUAAGUACAUUUGGAAUGAGAUGUUCAGUAAACAUUGAAACAGUUUGCUUUAAAAAAUUCCAUGAGAUAUGUAAUUGCCAAUAAUUCUAUGAUUUGUGUAGAAAUUUUACUUUAGUAAAUUGUUCUUAAAAUGGGGGGCUAAUUGUCACAUGAGAAUUAAGAAUGAUGUUACCCUGAAUAGGGUGAGUUUUUCCUUUGGUGUUUGUAUUUCAGUUACACCAUGAAUAAAGCCUCUUUGAGCCGAGACCUAAAA